AUGAUUCACCGGACAAACAGCGAGGGCGGCGCCUCGUCCAGCGGCUCGUCGCAGAAGAUAUGGCGCUUCCCCUCCGCCAUCCGCAGCAAGUUUGGCAGCAUCAGUGGCUCCAGCAAGGACGACAAGAACUGGACCAACAAACAAGGCGGCUCAUCCAUCGACACCGAAUCCCACGAGCCCUCCAUCCACGAAAUCUCCUCGAUCCAUGAAACCACCGAAUCCAAUUACCGCCAGCUACAAAGCCUUGUUGCGCGCAUGCGAGCCGCGCCCUCCGGCCCCAAUCACGUCGACGGCGCCUACAAAGAGUUUACCAAGAUCAACGAGCGAUGCGCUGCUCUCUGCGAUGCGAUCCUUCGAGAGGAGAUCAAGACACCUCGCACUCUCUCCAACGCCAACGCCGCCGAAGCCAUUCCAUUGACUCGCCAAGAUUCCUCUGCCGACACUCCUCGGAGCCCGAGCGCCCUGUUUGACCAUAGGAGUUCCUUUAGUGGUCGCAGCUUAGCCGAGGUCAUCACGGCCGGCGGGAGCAAGAGUCAUGGCGGUGACAUGUGGCUCACACCUAUACGGGACUGGAAGACGUGUCUCGAAGUGCUGGUUGAGCACUUCAAGGUCAGCCUGUCCGAGACAUACAUUAGCUAUGAGCGAGAUGCCACGCCCGAGAUGCUCGAGGCCCUGUUCACGAGCAAGAAAUUCAGAAGAGAUGCGGUCCACCGAAUGCGCAAUGCGAGCGUUACCAAGAUUUUGUCAGCGGACCCUCAAUUUUUUCCACGAUAUGAAAUUCGAUUUAGAAACUACGAAAGAGUCAAGCUCGAACUGAGAGAUGUUCGAAAGCUUCUUCAGGCGGGAGAGUCAGGCAUCUCACUAGGCAGAGUCAUUGAGGAAUUUCCCAUAGCCCCCCGCGGAGACGCUGUCCUGGAGUUUGCCAAUCUGGGGCCAGACGCUACGGGCAACGAGCCAGCCUUGCGAUUCCGUGUUUCUUCAGCCCUGCUGGCAGAGACGUCGCCCAUCUUUGCGCGGCUGUUCUCUGGUCACGCGAGCAGCUACUACCUGCAUGAGGCUGACGACAUUGCCGAUCAGCUCCCACCGCCUCCGGUACCGUAUUUCUGUGACGACGGGUCCGAAGUCAAGUUGUAUCGGAUGCCGCAGCAAGAAUUUAACCAAAACGGCUCGCUGGAAAUCCUACUCCAUGCCGCUCAUAUGCACAAUGAUAAGAUUCCCAGAGACGUCAGCUUCGAGCAAUUCGUUUCCAUUGCCGAGUGCUCCCUGAGAUACAAGAGCACGUCACCGUUGGAGAUGGUUGUUGAACAUAGAUGGCUACCUCAAUGGAUGCACAAAGGAGCCGACGACAUGCCAGACGGACUUCUCAUCAUUAGUUAUGCAUUUGGUCUUCGGCAGCUCUUCACUCGAAUGUCCAAGAGCGCGAUCCUGAACCUCGCUGAUGAGAAGGAUCUGCACAGUAAACCUUGGCCCAAGAAGAUUAGAGACAAGAUCUGGGCGGUUCGUUGCGCCAAGGUGGACCAGCUUUACGCGAGCUGCGCAAACACAAUACAGGAGUAUAUCCGUCCAUCAGCAGAGGACUCACCUUCGGAAGAAAAGCAACACAUAUCCCUUUCUGAUCUCGAUAGCCACCUCACCUCGCCAAUCCAGCCUGCCAUGGCGCUUACAAGCACUCCAAGAUGUCCCAAGGGCAACCAUUGGUGUGACGCUUCCAACCUAGGGUGGAUGAUGCUGGUGUACAAUGAGCUUGGCUUACUACCUACCAUUGUGCAGCCCUCCAUCAUGGCGCACCUUCCAAAUGCCCGCCCUCCGUCCAAAAGCCUGGCACAGAUGAUGGAAACGCUUCGCUCAACACCGAGCCCCCCUGCGCCGCUUCACCCCGGCAGUGUCUGUGAUCCCGUUCCCGCGUUCCGCGCAGCUAUAGCAGACAUUUACAACAGUGUUACCGGCUUGACUUUGUUUGACAUCAGCGGUAAGAGCCAUGGUUGGGCACUCUCGAAGCAUAAGGUGUCAGAACCGCAAAUGCUCCUGACCGCUGGCCUCAAUCGGAUGGCUACCCACGAGAAGAUCCAUAGCGUUGUCACAGAAUUUCCAGAAGAGAUUCGCCUGCAGAUCCUUAGCGAGAUGGAGGAUCUAGAGGAUCUGCAAGCAGCGGCCAGGAUCAACCGGGGCUUUUACGAGACGUACAAGAGAAACGAGCUUCAACUUAUGCGCAAUAUCUUACGUGCUGACCGGAUGCGCUGGGGAAGCAUGGGGCGGUCCUCGAUGGAAGACGAGAGGGUCGAAAGCAAAGUCUUGAAGUCAGAGUCUGAUAUGCUCAAGGAGAGGGGCUUCGGUGAUGGUGCCGAUGCCAUUACUUUGAGGAGCGAAGACGACGAUGGGCUGUACGACUCAGACGAAGAUGACGACUCCAGUGUCGAUCCGCUGACUCGACAUGGCUCUAUAUCUUCGCAGGGCGGGCGAGUUCAUGCCGACGAUGACGAAGAUUUGGAUAUUUUGACUCGUGAUCCGCCGCCGCCAUUUCAGCCGAAAGAGUCCAACCCUCCACCACCGCUGCUUCCAGUUGUUGGUGAAGCCAGUAAUGACGGUUCUGAUGACGAUGAUACAGCCACUCCAACAACGCCUCGGCAGCGUGCCUUUGAUCUCUCAGACGACUCGACUACUCCUUCUGAUCAGAGCAGUCUAAUUUCAGCAGAGGAUAUUGACGAACCGCCCAUGACGGAAGAAGAAGCUCGCAGAAUCCUAUGGCCCGACCACUUGAUCGUGAGUCCACCCCCACAGCGAGGCGUAGUCCUGCCUGGCGUAGAAGGGCUGCGAGAGAAGUUCCGGGUUGGAGACAUCUCCUUUAUUGAAGGCCUCGAAGACAAGACGCUGGCCAGGACAGGAACGAAGCAGCUUCGGAGCGAGCACGACGAGAGAGUGGGCUUGCUCAAGCAAGAUGGGCGGCCUAGCUCCAGUUCCUCGAUAGCCAAAACUGCAAACGGCAUUGAGCAUAUCGAAAAGAUUGAUGGCCGAAAGGGGGGAGAGGGGGAUAUGGAGUCUGCCCUAUCUUAG